ACAACGCCAUUCAUCGUUCCUCAAAGAUCUGUAAAAACAGAAAGCUCUCAUUUUUUAUUUCUCUGCGACAAAGCUUUCCCUUUCUCUGAGUCAUGACGGACUCUGCUGAACCACCAUCCACGUCGGCCGCCGAACCCAAGCCAACACCGAACCCGAUUCCCAAUUGCCUUAUCCACCCUCGCCGUGAGCCGUUCGAGCAUGGUCUCCUCCCAAUUCCCAAGCUCAUCUUCCCUGACCCUACUCAAACACUCAUCCAACUCAGGCAGAAACUCGUCUCCAACCCCCGUGUUGACACUGCCACCCUCGCUGACACGCUCCAGAUCUCUGCCGACCAUGCUAGGCUCGUUCUCGACACUCUCGCUUCGGUUCUUCACUCUGAGGCUGACCCGCUCGUCAAGGCCCAACCCGGAGAUAUUGACUUCGUCGGAGCCGAUUUACGUGAUCUGAUAUUAUUUUUAUAUAUACAAUCGUAUAAGAAGUUGUUGCCCAGGACGCAUAAGGACUCUGCUGCCGUGGCCGAUGUCUGGCCCUCCACCUCAGCUUUCGAUGGGUACCUGUCGGCUUUAUCGCCGCUUCAGCUUGUGCGUAGCAACAGCCGUCGGUUUAUGCCAUCACAGGCUGAUGAAGAGGCUCAUCAGUUGUCCUAUCUACAAAAGCACAUGGCUAACAUUCUCUCUCUUUUGGCAGAGCCUGUGGAAGGAGAAGGCGAAGAGUCUCUGGUUUUGACCAUGGAAGGUUUAGAGCACCUUGGGUUUCUGAUUCAAUUUGGUGAUAAGGGUUCCGAAGGAGUUUCAUUAAGUCAAGCUACUCCAUUUUUUGCCAAUUCAGAUCCUGACAUGCCUGCUGUUCCUGUUCCUGCGGCACAAGUUCAUGAUUGGAUUUUACAGAAUAUAGCCUCUGCUUUGGAACAUAUCACCGAAAGAAUUUCUGCAAAAGAAAAUGGGCCACCCAGUGUCUCUGAUCAGGACGUUGCCAUGGCUGAUGCCUGUACAAGUUCAAUCAAGGCCUCGCCAAGUGCAAGGGGAUCAAGUUUUAUUGAGGGGAUCUCUAAAUCUUCAUAUGUAAAGCAAGCAUCAGAUCUUAAAGGCUCUUCUGUAAAGGUUUUGAAUUGCCAUGAUUCUGUCAUUUACAUCUUAGCACCCUUGAGAUAUGCCACCAUCUAUGGAUGCUCUGAUGCUACUAUAUUUCUUGGUGCUGUUGGCAAGGCUGUAAGGAUUGAGCACUGUGAGCGGGUUCAUGUGAUUACAGCAGCAAAGCGAGUCUGUAUUGCCAAUUGUCGUGAAUGUGUGUUCUUUCUUGGGGUAACCCAGCGACCACUCAUGGUUGGUGAUAACCAUAAGCUGCAGGUGGCACCCUACAAUACAUAUUACUCAGAGUUGGGGGAGCACAUGGCUGAAGUGGGCAUUGACGCAACUAUUAACAGAUGGGAUGAUCCUUUGGCCUUGGGAGUGGUUGACCCACAUGAUUCAUUAUCUCAUCCUGCAGGUGUCUCUGAUGUUCAAGCUGAGUCAGCUACACGCCUGGACCCUGAUCAAUUCACAAGUUUUCUGAUUCCAAACUGGUUUGGCAGUGAAUCUACUGGGUCAACAAAAGAUAACCCUUUUCCAUUACCGGAAGCCUACAUGUCAUCUCAGCAGAGAAAUCAAAAGAAUUUGGGGGACAUAAAGCAAUUACUGAGGGAAGCUCCUCUUGAAGAAAACCGGAAACGGGAACUAUCAUGUGCACUGCAUCUACUAUUCAAGGACUGGUUAUAUGCUUCAGGCAAUAUCCGCCAGCUUUACUGCCUUCAAGGUGAUUGAUGUUGAGUAACGAAUGCAUCACAUAACCAAGGAUGGUAACAGAAGGAAGCUUUCUGGUGCUUUUUCUGUUGCAUCCCCAUUUUAGUUAGUACUAGAGGCAGCUGAGAAUCAUCCCUAUCUACUUUGGAAUCGAACGCAUUUGUCCGAUGACAGUGGUACACAGAAUACGCUAAUCUCAUUGUAAUAUUUUUUGAAAGGUAAAAUCUUGCUAUAAUAUUUUGUUAACCUAGGUUCCCAAUCUUGUGAAUUUUCAUCUCUUUUAUUCCUUCCAUGUGAAAUGUUGGAAUUUUUUUUAGUUCACCUUUCAAGUUUUGCCUAUGGGCUGGUUGUUAA